GAACAGCUGUCAAUCAGCAAGCCUGUUGCAAUCAUUGGAGCAGGUACACCACAAUGUUACUAAAUUAUUUCUAGAACCUUAUUAAAUGUUUCAUAUUUCCCUUAAGUGGUCUCUAAAUUAAUCUUUAACUUGCAAUGAAAGUGUGUCAUUAAUUAAAGCGCCAUCUCCGGUGGUCUCUACGUUGAUCUUUAACUUGCAAUGAAAAGUCUGUCAUCAGUUAGAGCUGCAUUUUAAUUCAUCAUUUGAACUUCCCUCUGACUUGCCAAUCCAAGACUGUUCUCUGAUUACUUUUAGAGGGAAUUUGCAGGCAGCCACUGUCAAUGUAGGGAAAGGAAACAUACGUCUUGUGGGUUUCACACUGCCCUCCUCCCCUCCCCCCUUAGCUCCCCAGUUUGCAUAUAAGGGGCCUCUCUAGACUAAGUGUGUGUCUUUCAUCAUCAACGAUAAGGGAUUUUCAUGACAACUGUCACUACUUGCUCCCCCCUUUCCAUUUUGUUGUUUGAUUCUUUUUCCAUUUUUCCUCAUUGGGCUCAUCCAAACCUGCGUGUGACAUCUUUAAGACCCAGGGUGUAUAACUUGGAUUUUGAAGGAAGGCAUGAAGUGUCUUCCAAUGCAAGGUUCUGAAUCUGGAUCAUGCUUGUCAUGAUACAUUUAUGAUGAAUAACUGUUUUUCAUGUCCACAUCCUAAGACAGACACUUGACAUCAUGAAAAGUUAAGUUUCAGUUAAAAUUUUAACCAAAAAUGAGCAACUUGCUCACAGGAUGGCCUCUUUUUUUAUCUACAGCUAAGAGCGAAGAUGGUCUUGUCGUCAUUCAAUGUAACUCUUCAACAGUUGUCAGUUUCAGUGCUGGUUCAGGCAAUCCCUUAGGGCAUGUCACCUUGAAGGUAUGUACAGAAAACUGCUUCAAGGGGUAAUGUCAACACAACAGGGAACCUUACGGAAAAAUCGUCAAACGCGCGCUACUUUUAAAGAAACCAUGUAAAGCUUUUUAAGUAUAGAUUGCAGAAGUAACACAAUUUUUCAAAGUUUUGAUUUUGGUAAAAUCAAAGGCGCGAGCCUUUAAACUCAACUCUUUUGAGCGUUUAUAUCUGACGAACACUGGCUAAUUUUCAUGAAAAUCCAUCAAAUCUACACCCCUUGUUGAUUCGUGUAAGUAGAGGUAACUCGCGUAAAAAGAAACCGAAUUUUUGGGCUGCUAAGAUAUUCACAGUUUUGGCCCCUCAUUUAAGCGUGGUCAUGCCGCCGACCAAUGAAACACAACAUCGAACCCCCUGGCAAGUCUCGUGAAAAAGAACUCCUUUGAAAACUCGCGGGAAAGGUCAUUUUUCGAAACUGGGAACACGAAUUAAAAUGAAAUCCAAAAUUCAUCAAAAAAAAGCAGAAGGAAAAGUGCGCAAAGCAAGCUAGGAAAAAAGAAAAACGCAACUUGGAUUUAUUUGGCCAGGGCUCUCUCGCGACUUUUCUCAUCUUGGCCGUUUGAUAAAGACCCUUAUUUCCUGACGUUUUGCGAAAUAUGCAACAAAUUCCCUUUUGUUGUGCAGUGCAAGACGCGAUGUUAACAAAAUGUGCAAAUCGAGAUCCCAGACGAAAGCCCGCGAAAAAAGGUCUUUUAGCCGUAUCUCACGUUCUUUAUAAGAUUUUACAUUUUUUUUGGCAAUUCAAACUGAAUAGCAAAGUAGCAAUUUUUAACAUUUUGACCAGAUUUUGUUGAUAGUAACCUAAAAAAAAUUAGCGCAAAAAUUGAUAGCACUGCAGUACGCGUAUUUCUUUACCCGCUUGAGACUAGUCGGGAGAGGUUUCUGGGGGUCUGGUUCUAAGAAUGAUCAGUGCCAGACCCCUUGGAGACCUCUCGCUGUUUCUUGGAAAACUUACCCCCCCUUUUUUUAUUUCGAUGGACUUCCUUUUUCGCAGAAUUGCCCAAACGGUGAAUCUGAGGUGAUCAGAUCAGAAUGUGUGGAGGUUAUUGAUGAAUGUGGUCCUACAAUCUACAACUGCAAGCUUAAUAGCAGGUAAUUAAGUGUUAACAACUGGGUUGAAAACGUAAAUUAGCCACCGUAAAGGGUAAAGAAGCUGACGUUUCGAGCGUUAGCCCUUCGUCAGAGCGAUUAGAGGAAUUGUGGGUUGUGUGUGGAUUUAUAUGUAGGAAGUGGAGCUACGCCAUUGGUGGGAAUGUGGUGACGAGAAAACAGGAAUAAAUUAGUUGAAUGAAAAGCGCUCGUUGAUUCCGUGGGGAUUAAGGGUGCCGAUUUGGAAUAUAAAUUUUUGUUCUAGUGUUUUACGGCUUUCCGAACUGCCUAGAUGUAAGGAAAGGCCGCAAACUGCCAUAUGCUGUUUAGAAUGAUAAGGAAGAUAAAAGUGUCUAGCGACUGGUUUGGAUGCGUCCUUGUCAUUUCUUUCCACAUCGCGAAGGUGUUCUCGGAAUCGGUCACCCAGUCGUCUUCCUGUUUCGCCGAUGUAUAGCUUAUUGCAAUAAGUGCAAGUUAUGCAGUAAAUAACAUUGGCGGAGGUACACGUAAAGUGAUCAAUGAUCUUAAUGGAUCUUUUGGGUCCCGUUAUUUUCUCUACGUUAUGAAUGAAAGGACAAGUUUUGCAUCGUGAGCGAGCGCAUUUAAAAGUUCCAGAUUGGUAAUAGGUUAGAAAUGAACUCCUGACUAAAAAGUUGCCUAUGUUUUUGUCGCGUUUGAAUGAAAUAAGUGGGGGUUGCGAAAAGAUAGUGCCAGUCUCUGAAUCGUUUUGGAGUAAUUUAAAAUUUUUAAGAAUGAUAGAUUUAACUGCGUGGUUGUGAGGGUGAAAUGUAAGAGUAAAUGGAAUGCGGUCAGUAUUCUCCUUCUCGGCCAUUUGUAGUGCUGCCUGUCGAUCGAUUAGUUGGGCACGGUGGUAGCCCGCUUGAACGACAGAAACAGGAUAGCCGCGUUUAUCGAAAAACUGGCACAUUGCCUCUGAUUUUUCGGAAAAAUCAGAGUCGUCAAUACAUAAACGACGAAGUCUGAGAAACUGUGAAAAAGGUAUGGAGUUCUUGACGUGUGAUGGAUGUGAGGAUGAAUACAACAAGUAACUAUGUGUAUCUGUUGGUUUGUAGUAAACACUAGUACAUAAGCGGUUGCCUUCAAUUGAAAUUUUGAUGUCUAGAAAAGCCAAAGAAGUGUCGGAAAUUUACCAGGUAUAUUUAAGAACCGGAUGAAAGGAAUUGACGGCGGUUAUAAAUUGAGUGAGCUCCUCCUUGGUAGAGGAGGUAGCGCCGAUGCAAUCGUCAAUGUAGCGGCCGUAGAGUUGAGGUUUUGGGCCGUGGUAUUGGCUAAAAAAUUGGUGUUCGAUAAAACCUACAAAAAGAUUGGCGUAGCUGGGUCCCAUUUUAGUACCCAUGGCCACGCCAUUAGUUUGUUUGUAGUAGUUACCACCGAAUGAAAAACAAUUGAGUGUGAGUACUAGUUCGGCCAGACGGAGCAGUGUUUCAGAGCUAGGUUCUUUAACAGUGCGUAGAUCAAAAAAAUGUUUGAGGGCCCGGAGACCUUCGUCAUUGGGAAUGACAGUGUAAAGAGAUGUUACAUCCAUGGUGAAAAUAAGUUUGUUUUGGUCGAGGAAACUAAAGUCACGAAAAAUUUCAAGUGCGUGUUGGCUGUCCUUAAUGUAAGACGGUAGAGUUUUGACGAUAGGUGCCAUAAUUUUGUCUAAAUAGCUGGAAAUAAGUUCAGUGGGACAAUUGCAGGCAGAAACGAUGGGUCGACCUGGGUUGUUAGGUUUGUGGAUUUUAGGUAAAAAGUAAAUACAUGAAGUUCUAGGAGUAGUAAUGAUGAGAUUUUUAGCAGUGGCCGGCAAUUCUUGUUUAGCUAUAAGAUCGUUAAUCGUAUUUUUGACAAUGUUUUGGUUAAUUACAGUGAGGUCUUUGUCGACUUUGGCAUAAAAGGAGGUGUCAUUGAUCACUUUACGUGUACCUCCGCCAAUGUUAUUUACUGCAUAACUUGCACUAAUUGCAAUAAGUUAUACAUCGGCGAAACAGGAAGACGACUGGGUGACCGAUUCCGAGAACACCUUCGCGAUGUGGAAAGAAAUGACAAGGACGCAUCCAAACCAGUCGCUAGACACUUUAAUCUUCCUUAUCAUUCUAAACAGCAUAUGGCAGUUUGCGGCCUUUCCUUACAUCUAGGCAGUUCGGAAAGCCGUAAAACACUAGAACAAAAAUUUAUAUUCCAAAUCGGCACCCUUAAUCCCCACGGAAUCAACGAGCGCUUUUCAUUCAACUAAUUUAUUCCUGUUUUCUCGUCACCACAUUCCCACCAAUGGCGUAGCUCCACUUCCUACAUAUAAAUCCACACACAACCCACAAUUCCUCUAAUCGCUCUGACGAAGGGCUAACGCUCGAAACGUCAGCUUCUUUACCCUUUACGGUGGCUAAUUUACGUUUUCAACCCAGUUGUUAACACUAAAUUACCUGCUAUACUCUCCCACCGACGCAGCACCACAGUUUCUUUAGAAACUUACCCCUUUAUGCAAGCUUAAUAGCCUUGCUAGUGGUAAGAGAGAGACAUUAGACAUCAUAUUUAUAAUUUUUGGUUUUUUAAAAGUUCAAACAAACUUGUGGUAAUGUCAGUAAUAUGUGGGGAUCAGUGGACAGUUGAUUUUAUUUUUGUUCAUAGCUGGUGCCACAUUUUAUGUACAUGGAAGAGGAGCCAGACCCACUUUGUCAAAAAUGUUUUAUCUCAGACUCUGAAAAUGUUGGCAUUUUCAUCACAGAUGAUGCGCAGGUGAGAAAUAAUCCACAAUUUACAGCAAAUUCUUGAACCCCUUUCCUUGAUGAAAACUUAUGGGGCCGGUUAUUCACCCCGUCCCGUGGUCUAACUCAAGCCGCGGUUUUACGUAAGCAGUGGGCCUCAGGUCUUCCCUAUAGGGGGGUUGAUUAAAUUAAUUAAAUGUCCUUCCACUAUUAUCUUUCGACCCUCUUUUGGCUAAAUUGAAGAUAGCUAAGAACGUGGUUUUAUAAAACAACGUCUGAACUUUGUUUGAAUAACUAGUCCAUGUAGUUUACAUAAGUGUGGGUUAUCAAAAGACAUGAAAUUUCGUACCAAAGAUUUUUCGUUGUACAGCAGAGCAGAAAAUGAAUUGACAAAAUCAUUCAUGACUUACCCGUUACGAUAUCGUAUUGGAGACCCCCGCUAAAACAUUUUGCCGAGUUUUCCAGACAGUUUGCUUGGUCUUCAUCAAUACUACUGAGUGGAAAAGACCAUGUAAGAGUAGGCACCAGGACCUUACUGCAAUGACCCAGCCAAGCUGAGAACUCUGACAAAAAUUGAAGUACUUGUAUUUAAAGCUUUCAUUAAAGAAUCUAGGGUUGCUCCUGGAGGCGCCUCAAGUAAUUCUUAACCCUCGGCCGUUUUAAAAGGCCGCUUCUUGUCACACUACAGACCAAUAAAAUAAUUCGUGUAAUUGUAGGGCUACUAUGAAGGAAACGAU